ACAUCUGCGAAAGACAAUAAAAUCGUGUCUUUUGAUAUUGUGCAGCCAAUGUAUACUUACAUCACCUCUUAACUACUAGUAAACUGACUAGUUAGUUACCUACAUAAAAGAGACACGCCUUAGUUUAUCUUUCAAUUUCCACGCCUCAUCACCAGCUUCAUCAUUGAUUCAAGUUUCUCCGCAAAUUUACACCAUGGCUAACAGCAUUAUAUCAGACGAUGGUGCCACCAGUGAGGAACAGCUUUCUCGCAUGGCCAAGCACAUUGAUGGCCUACAGAAACAAAACCCCGACUCCGACUUCAAAACUAGUUCGCAGUGGUGGGCACCGAACGUCAAUCUUGGUGUUGAUCUUCAGACUCGAGAGAGAGACCAAUGACAAGCUCAACAUCUGUAUCGCAAAAGUAUGUACGGCCAUGUUCACUCCAGACGCCACGGCCGAGG